AUGCGGGAGGGUGCAUCGAACUGGAUUGUUCCUUGUCCAGCCCUUAUCUUCCCUUUGGUCCUCGGCGCCAUCUUCUCGCAAGCUUCCGACUGCAUCAACGCCGUCGGCGAGACUCAUCUUCCCGGUCACGUGGCAAUCCUCUGGUCAGGCUUGGUCGAAAACAUCAACCGGAUACCUUAA